AUGCCCAAACGCAAGACGCUACAAGAAGACAAGGCACCAGAAUCAGACUCUGAUGUUAGCAUAGUCGACGUCGACUUUGACUUUUGCGACUUUCGGCCACAGACGGAUUAUAUUGCGAUCAAGAGACUAUUACAGCAGUUAUUCCACACAGACGCAUCUCUCUUCCAUCUCGGUGCAAUUGCAGACCUCGUCCUCUCCCAAGACGAUGUCGGGUCCACCGUCAAGACAGACGGCGUCGACAGCGAUCCACUCGCUUUUCUCGCCGUGAUAAACCUACACGAGCAUAAUAACCACCCAGAACUCGGUGUCCUUAGAGACUAUCUGCUGAGCAAGCUCUCGGCCAAUCCAGACUUUCAAAAGACAGUUUCAACACUUUUAGAAAGCGAUGACAGUGGCCAUCACCUUGGUCUCGUCCUCGGUGAGCGCGUAUACAAUAUGCCCCCUCAAGUCAUGCCCCCCUCCUACAAAAUGUUGCAAGACGAAAUACAAUGGGCCAUAGAAGAUAAUAAACCAUACCGCUUCUCCCAUCUCCUCAUCCUCUCAAGAGUCUUCAAGCUUGAUGACAGCGAGGAAGAGAGCAUACCUCCGAGCAAAAAGCGAAAGACUGCACAGACCAGUUCCACAAGAUCUGCUGGGGUCGUCCAUAGCUUUCAUCCAGAGGACUCAUGCAUUCAAAAGUAA